UUCUGCCCCUUCUCCUGUUGUUUUACAACGUGAAACCACACAGCGAUUGAGGAAUCAGGGCACGGCACGUGGAUUAAACGCUUCCUAGGAGCAGCCAGGACCGUGCAUUGCCCAAACCCUCCCUGAACUUUCCCGGUGAAUCCAGCAGCCUGACAGCCCGGCUUCCCGCUGGGUGGAUCCUGCAACUCCAGGAGGCAAUGGCACUUCUUGGAUUUAAUUAGCCGAGGUGAAAGGUGAAUUAAAGCUAGCUGUUUGGCAAGUCAGAGCAAGGGGCUGAGUUCUGAGGAGCACCAAGGAGGAGGGUGCUUUCUCGUUUUUUCCGUGUUUUUUUUUUUUUUUCUCCUCUCCCUCCCUCCUUCUCUGAAUGAAUUGCCUUGCAGGAGGGACUGAAAAUACAGCUUCUUCCCGAAUCCACUGGCAGAGUUACUAAAGACAGCUCAAGACACAACACUGCAGAGUAACGCCUUGGAAUGUCCUUGCACUUUAUAAACAAUUGUCCUAGGGAGGGGAAUAUUUUUACAUGACAUUUGCACAGCUUGACAAAUGGCUAGCUGAGGCUGUGUGCUGCUCUGAUGAACGCUGAAUUUCCCACAGAGACACCCCAAAAACUGACCAAAAAGAGAGAGAGAGAGCUAACUGCACUGGCAAAGUGGAAGUUGGAGCCUUAAAAACACCCCAGCAGAACAACAAACAAACAGCAGCAGUUCAGUGAAGAGAGCAAGAAAUUUAUCCUGGGCAGGAUGGCAUCUGCUCAGGACCUUCUGAUGCUGGCACUGUGUGGCUUGUUGCUGGAGCUCCCGGCUGGAUGUCGCGCCGCAGAUACGAGGCAGCCGAGGUUACGUCUGUCACAUAAAGAGCUCUGGGAUUUAAACAGGACGUCAGUCUUUCGUAGCCCGUUUGGAUAUCUUGGACUUCAUGUAAUGCUGCUGGAUGAGUACCAAGAGCGACUGUUCGUGGGAGGAAGAGACCUCUUGUAUUCCCUCAGCUUGGAUCGAAUCAGCGACAACUACCGAGAGAUCCAUUGGCCUAGUACACCUCUGCAGGCAGAAGAAUGCAUAAUUAAAGGAAGAGACGAUGAUGAAUGUGCCAAUUACAUCCGUGUCCUUCACCGAUACAACAGGACUCAUCUUCUGGCUUGUGGAACAGGAGCUUUUGAUCCACACUGCACAUUUAUAAGAGCUGGACAUCCUUCAGAGGAUCAUCUGUUUCAACUGGAAUCGCACAAAUUCGAGAGAGGACGAGGCAGGUGCCCUUUUGACCCCAGCUCUUCCUUCACCUCCAUCUUAAUUGGUGGUGAACUUUUUACUGGUCUCUACAGCGACUACUGGGGGAGAGACGCGGCCGUGUUCCGCUCCGUGAACCGCGUGGCGCAUCUCCGCACCGAGCCUGACAACGAGCGCCUGCUCAAAGAACCGAAAUUUGUUGGCUCAUACAUGAUUCCUGACAAUGAAGACCACGAUGAUAACAAAGUGUAUUUCUUCUUUACUGAGAAAGCUUUGGAAGCUGAGACAAGCACUCAUGCCAUAUAUACCAGAGUGGGACGUGUGUGUGCGAAUGACAUGGGAGGCCAGCGAGUGCUCGUCAAUAAAUGGACCACUUUCCUCAAAACCAGACUAGUUUGCUCUGUGCCUGGGAAAAAUGGAAUUGAUACACAUUUUGAUGAAUUAGAGGAUGUGUUUUUGCUGCAAACUCGUGAUAACAAAAAUCCAGUGAUAUUUGGCCUCUUCAACACCACAAGCAAUAUAUUCAGAGGAUAUGCUAUUUGUGUUUACCACAUGGCAAGUGUCCGAGCAGCUUUCAAUGGACCAUAUGCUCAUAAAGAAGGACCUGAAUACCACUGGGCUCUCUAUGAAAGAAAAGUACCUUACCCUAGACCUGGUUCAUGUGCCAGCAAGGUAAACGGCGGGCUGUACACCACCACUAAAGACUAUCCUGAUGAAGCUGUGCAUUUUGCCAGGAGUCAUCCACUGAUGUAUCAGCCCAUCAGGCCUGUUCAUAAGAGACCAAUACUAGUUAAAACAGAUGGAAAGUACAAUCUUAAACAAAUAGCAGUGGACAGAGUGGAAGCUGAAGAUGGCCAAUAUGAUGUUUUGUUCAUUGGAACAGAUAAUGGUAUUGUGCUGAAAGUCAUAACAAUUUACAAUCAAGAGACAGAAUCAAUGGAAGAAGUGAUUCUUGAAGAGCUGCAAGUAUUCAAGAUGCCAGUUCCUAUUAUUUCUAUGGAAAUCUCUUCAAAAAGGCAACAGCUCUACGUGGGAUCCGAGGCGCUCGUAGCCCAGGUGAAGUUCCACCAGUGCGACAUGUACGGCACGGCCUGCGCCGACUGCUGCCUGGCGCGGGAUCCCUACUGCGCCUGGGACGGCAUCGCCUGCUCCCGGUACUACCCCACGGCAAUGCAGGCUAAGAGACGUUUCCGCAGACAAGACGUUCGGCACGGGAACGCGGCGCAGCAGUGCUUCGGCCAGCAGUUCAUUGGUGAAGUUCUGGAGAAGACUGAGGAAAGACUUGUUUAUGGAAUAGAGUACAACAGCACCCUUCUGGAGUGCACCCCUCGGACCUUGCAAGCAAAAGUCAUCUGGUUUGUCCAGCGAGCACAUGACACUAAGAAGGAAGAGGUGAAGACUGAUGAUAGAAUAAUAAAAAUGGACCUUGGCCUUUUAUUCCUGAAGCUGCAUCGACUGGAUGCAGGGACUUAUUUUUGUCAGACAGUGGAACACAGCAUUGUUCACACUGUCAGGAAAAUCACCCUGGAGAUAGUCGAGGAGGAACGUGUAGACGAAAUGUUCAAUAAAGACUACGAGGAGGAGAUCCCUCACAAAAUGCCAUGCCCAAUGCAGAGCAGUAUACCUCAGGCUUCAAAGCCAUGGUAUAAGGAAUUUCUUCAAUUGAUAGGUUACAGCAACUUCCAGAGGGUGGAAGAGUACUGUGAAAAAGUGUGGUGUACAGAUAAGAAGAGAAAAAAGCUGAAAAUGUCUCCAUCCAAGUGGAAAUAUGCCAGCCCUCAGGAGAAGAAGGCAAGGAUCAGGCCAGAGCAUUACCGGCUGCCCAGGAACAUAGCUGACUCUUGAUGGACAAAAUCCAUCCACUGUUUCUGAGCAAAAUUUUAUUUGGACUUAAGAGGGAGAAAUCAGUCUUGGUUUGAGUAAAUUUCACAGGUUUAUAUAUGUAAAAUAUUGGGACUGAAAACAAAAAUGCUAUGGUAAGUUAUAUUGUACACUCAUGAUGACUGUUUAGAAGCAUUUUAAACAAAAUCUUCCCAGCUAUCUGGUUCUAAGUAAAUGCAAUCAGAGUUUUGCAUUAGGGAGGGCAUGACAAUCUUCAGGUUUUGAGUGCUUGAAUCAGUUCCCUGUGUGGAUCGUGCUUGCGCUGUAUGUUGUUGCACAUGAUGGCAUAUUUAACAAAUUCAAAUAGCUAAACAUUCACAAGUGGAUGAAAAGUAUAAGAGAUAUCUUUUCUUUGUUUCACAAAUUUCUCAUGCUUCUGAAAGCAGCACGUCUUAAGAUCUUAUUCCUUUUGAUUGUGACCUGUCUGAGUUCAUCACUGAGAACAAUGAGAUGUGUUAAUACAGUGUACUGCUACUUCUAAAGAUAAUGAAGGGAAAUCCUAUUUGCUUCCCACCUUUUUUUUCAGUAUCAGCCAUUUAUGAAGCACAGUGUGCUCCCACAGCUAAAUGAUAUUGCCUAGUAACUUCAUCUAAGCCACAUGCAUGCUGUGAACACAGACAGAAUGAAAUUCAUCAAUUUAUCUACAUAAGAAAUUGAAAUACUGGUUUAGAUAGAAAACGAGUCCAUCUUGUGUCUGUACAUUGCCUUUGUGGACACGAAUUAAGGGAUCGCCCUCUUGUGGCAAAAGAAAGCGAAACACGAUAUUUAAAUUACUUUUUUUGAAGAAAUAUGUAUCAGCAAAGUAUUACCGAGAUCCUCAGCUGGUUUACUUUCAGAAGACACUUUUAGUCUCCAUGUGCUAAAGUCACAGAUUUAGAAGGCAAUGUUGGAAGUAAUUUAUACUGGGAAGGCAGCGUUUUAAAUAAGUGAUGCUUUAUGUUGAUAAUGUAUUUUUGGGGUAAAAUGCUGUCAUAAAAAGUUAGGAUGCAGAUUAAAAACAAAUCCAGCAUUAUGCAGCUGUGUUUCUAUAGUUUCAGGAUCUGGUCCACAUAAAUCUUUUUCUGAUGUGUGAUCUCUGUUCGAAAGGGCUGCUUUGCUCCUCUUGUGAGUGAUAUCAGGAAAGGAGAUCAAAAGAACUAAGUAAUUUAAAAUCUAAGUCUUACAAGACUGAAUUAA